AUGGCUUCUGUUUUGCUAAAUAACAACUAUGCUUCUCAUAGCAACGACAAGGCCACCAUUAUUCUGAGGACGGAGAAAUACACCAUCCCAAAAAAGUUCAAAUUCUCCACAGACACCUGCCUGAUCUACGCAGAGACAAUCGAACUUACCUCCGACAUCACUGCCCAGGGCAAGAGCAUCGGUCUCUUUUGCCAUAGGCUCAAACUCUCAAGUCAUGUCACCAUUGAUGUCCCGGGCGAUAAAGGUGCGGCAGGCGACAAUCAUUCCCUUCCAAGAGAAAAUGCUUUCCAUAACCUGGAAAUCAAGGCGUAUGGAGGAGACGGUGGCAAUGGUGGCGACAGCACUUCAUCCCAAGAUGAUUCAAAAGAAACCAGAACCGGUGGAGCUGGCGGGAACGGUGGAAAUGCAGGCGACAUAGAAUUGUUGUUCGGAACAGCAGAUAUGGACGCUGCUCGUGCUCUGGUGAAAGUCCAGAAGCGACCGUGGCCGGAGCCGGCUUUGUGUCUGACAGGGCCAGUGCUGUCAUACAGUCUCCCUGGUUAUCUCCCAGAAGAGCAAAAACAGCUCCUUGAGCUUCUCAAGAGCCUUAGUGGUGUGAUUCAAUCCCUGGCCCGCCAGCUCAAGAUCCUGUCGAAAGCAGGCGACACCAAGGAGAUUCAAGCCGUUGCUUCUUCCCUCAUGCAGGAAGCGUAUACCAAUCUCGCGCUGAAGAGUAAGGCACCGACGAAUAUCACUAUUGAAACAGUCAAAUUCCUUCAAGUGGUACUAGACUCGAUUCGUUCUCUGAACCAAAGGACGCCAAACCUUGAUGCAACUGAAAUCCUUACAGAUGCCAAACAAGCCAUCGUAAUCGUCGUUCCUCAAGAGGAUUCUGAAAUGGUCUCUCUCACGGGACAUCUUGAGAAUCGGCUUCGUCAAAGUGCCGGGGGCUUUGGUGGCAUCGGAUCCAAAAACAGUGCCAGCGGCAAAGAUGGACUGAAAAUUGGCAGCAACCGUGCUAAAGACUUGCAUUUUGAAGGAACAAAGAGAGACGUUGAUGUCUUGCAAGCCCAUAUUUUCCCUGAGCAUUUGCUAGAUGGCUUCCAGGGCGGAGAUUCAUCUGGUUCGUUCAAUGCUCUGGAAAACCUGGAAACUGAGCUUAAUGUAACAAAUAAUCCCGGCGUGCAAUUGAGAUCACGAUUCGGGGUGCUCGAAUCGGUAGAGGAUCUCACAGCAGCAUAUGAAGAAGCUUUUCAGAAAGAAACCGACACUCGUACCAUGAUCGACCAAGGCAUUAGCAAGAUGGCGGAUGCCCAGAAAGAAGCCCAGGACAAGAUCGACCUUCUUACUUCCCCUAACGGUCCGCUGGUCAAUGGCGUCCAUAAGAUCUCCUUUCUGACCGAGGAUAUGGAGGCUAAGCGGCAGGUACUCGUGAAGAAGUUGAAAAACAUUCAGUUUACUCGAAAGGAUUUUGACUGGUCAAUUACUCUUGACGCUGGGUCUUUGCUUCUCUCGACCAGUUUGAGUCUGAAAUAUUUUCUCGAUGAGACGAAAAAAGGCUACGAGAUAUAUCAAAAAGCGACGGAUGACUCAACGGCCAAGAACCUUAAAGGUGAUGCAUGUUCCGAAACGGUUAUUCACUGGAAAAAGCCCUCAAGACUAGGAGAAAACAAUCAGAUCGAGAUUGAUGACCCUGGGGCCUUGAAGAUUAUAGCUACCAAGGACGAUAUUAAGAAGAUUCUGCGCGAGUUCAAGAAUGCGAUUGUGGAGGAAAGUAGAAAGGCUAUAGAAAGCGCAUUGGAUGAUUUUAUUACUGUUACUCUAGAUCGCAAGCCACUGAUGGUGAAAAUUGCCCAUUCCGGAAACGAAACCUUGGAAAGCACCGAGGGACAGGGACUUGAGUUCUCGCAUGACACCGUCAAUAUUCAAUUCGAAUACAAUACAGCCAAUGUCCACACGCCAGAUGACUUUAGCACCAGUGUCGUGUUCGGUAUGCAAGGACUUGAGAAUGAUUGGAGUGGUGGUGACACUCCACCGAUUGCAUCGACGUUUGCUGCGACAGGACCCUUUCCCUUUACUCGGUGGCGUUUCACUAUUCGCGAGUCAGAGAACGUCGGCUUAGAUAUGGGAUCAGUUACGGCUGCAAAUGUUGAAUUUCGGGGAGCCAAUCGGCCUUUCUCGGUGGAUUACCAAAAGGCGUAA